UUCGAAAAAAUAUAAAAAAAUUAAAUCGAAAUUGCAAAAAAUACUACCGUUGUCUUUUUAAGAUCCUGUUGCAGGCAUAAAUUACAAUUGUGCUGAAGAAAGUUUUUGUGGAACGAACGUUUUGAGAAACAAAAAAAAAAAAUUAAUUUAAUAAAAUAGUGAUUUUAUUCCACAAAACAAAGCAAAUAUUUGAACUCUUAAGCCCAACGCGCUAAAGUAAUUUAUGAACAAUAAAAGGUCGAAAGCAGGAACAACAUUUGCUAAUUCAAGCAUUCCAGCCUGGUAAUAUCGCAAAUAAAAAACUUGCCCACUAUAAAAAAAGACAACAAAAAUACUAACAAACAGCACACCGCUCAUACAUACAUACAAAUAGAGUGCAAAAAUGUCAAAAUUGUGGGCCGCUCUUACUCGACGAAAAACGGAUGAUGUCGUGGAAAACGAUUCGAAAUUGGCACGCGUGCUCAAUAUCUUCGAUCUCACAGCGCUCGGUGUAGGCAGCACGCUUGGUUUGGGCGUAUACGUGUUGGCCGGGUCAGUUGCAUAUAGUCUCGCUGGCCCCGCCGUGACGAUAUCCUUCCUCAUAGCUGCCGUUGCCUCUGCUUUUGCUGGUAUUUGUUACGCGGAAUUUGCAGCACGUGUGCCUAAAGCAGGCUCUGCGUAUGUGUACAGUUACGUAACAAUUGGCGAAUUUGUAGCCUUCACAAUAGGCUGGAAUCUAAUAUUGGAGUAUGUCAUUGGCACAGCCGGUGUCGCACGUGGCUUGAGCGGAUACUUUGACGCACUGAUCGACAAUUCUAUGUCAGCUGCGCUGGAAGAAGCAAUGCCCAUCAAAGUGAGCUUCUUGGCAAAUUAUCCAGAUUUUUUAGCUUGCGGUGUGAUACUGCUGCUGGCGGCGCUGCUAUCCUUCGGUGUCAAGGAGUCCAGCUUUUUGAAUAAUAUUUUCACAGCAGUAAAUUUGCUCACUAUUGGCAUAGUUCUAGUUGCUGGUGCUUUAAAUGCUAAUCCCGCUAAUUGGACCAUAUCAAAAGAUCAGGUGCCCGAUGGUUUUGGUAAUGGCGGGUUUAUGCCAUUUGGUAUUAGUGGUGUAUUGGCUGGAGCAGCAAAAUGUUUCUUUGGAUUUGUAGGCUUCGAUUGCAUUGCCACUACUGGAGAGGAGGCAAUUAAUCCGAAACGUAAUAUUCCGCUCGCGAUCGUUAUUUCGCUAAUUAUCAUAUUUUUGUCUUACUUCGGCAUUUCAACGGUACUUACGAUGAUGGUGCCUUAUUUUGAGCUGGAUAGAAAUGCUCCAUUCCCCAAAGCCUUCGAUGAUAUUGGCUGGUACUCUAUCAAAUGGAUUGUCACCAUUGGUGCAGUCUUUGCAUUAACCACCAGUUUACUGGGUGCUAUGUUCCCUAUGCCACGUAUCCUAUAUGCGAUGGGAAAUGACGGCAUCCUUUUCAAGAAAUUGUCAAAAGUACACAACUACACUCAAACACCACUAAUGGCAACCAUAGUUUCUGGAUGUUUUGCUGCUCUAAUGGCGCUCCUCUUCGAUUUGGACCAAUUGAUUGAUAUGAUGUCCAUUGGUACACUUCUGGCCUAUACAAUUGUGGCGAUUUGUGUGCUGGUGCUGCGUUAUCAGGAUGGCGAUAUGGAUAUGAAGACGGUUUCCAUAAGCUGCCCAACAGUUAUACGCCAAUUCUACAAUGGCAAUUCCUAUCGGGAACCAAAUUUGCUUACCUCACGCAUUACAAAAAUUGCCGUUGUACUGUUUGCUUUGAUUUGCAUCGUUUGGGACACGGUGGAGUCUGUGUAUAGCAUAAAGUCUACUGCUGGCACAGUGACGUUGAGCAUACUUGCAGUGGUACUCAUAUUGAUUGCGAUCAUCAUUGGCAUGCAACCGAUCUCUCGUAUUGAUUUAACAUUCAAAGUGCCGUUCGUGCCGUUCAUACCCUGCCUUAGUGUGUUUGUGAAUAUUUACCUAAUGUUCCAGCUGGACUACCAAACCUGGAUACGUUUCCUGAUAUGGGUGUGCAUUGGCUAUGUGAUUUACUUCACCUACGGUCUACACCACUCCACACAGGUCACCCGCAAUCGGAAUCACGCUGAUGCAGCGUUGAGCAUGCAACACACAAAUCAGGCAUUCGAGCCGGAUUGGAAGGUGGAAAACGGUGUUGAAAGGGUUGCGGAAAAGCAAUAAAAUUGAGUAGAAAUAUUAGUUUGGGGAAAAAGAAAAAAUGCAUUAUUUUACUGUAAUAAACAUAAACUUUAAAUUCUUUCACCGAUACUUUACGAGGUAUCGACCACUGCAGCCAUCUAUCGAGAAAAUAAGGGAUUUCUUUUGCCCAAACUAAUAGUAGAUAGUGUGAAUUGUAUAAGUAAACAAUAUGCAGCUACAUUUUUUAUGAAAAUGUCUUCCGUACAUAUAGUACAUAUAUACGAGUACAUAAGUAUAAAGCAAGUUAAUUGUAUGCAGUUGCGUGUGUGCUACUGCAAGAUCGGUUGCCAUCGGCUCCAUGGCAUGCAUGGCAUCGUAAGCUCCAAAUUUGGGCAUUUAAGUUGAAGAAUGCCAACUAAAGUAUAGUGGACUAAACUCUGUGGUUUGUAGAUACUUGCAAAUCAGUUGAUGCCUUGAAUUCUAUUUAAGAAGCCGUACUCAAUAAUUUAAUGGAACGUUCCUUAGAGUGAAAAAUGACAAUAAUUACUUUGAAACCGGAUUCAUUUCAAUACAAAAACAGAAAGCAAUAUUUCCAAGCCUAGUUGUGAUAUAUGAAAAAUGUCUGUAAUUCUGGUUGCCAAAUCUUCAACUUAAACUAAAUGUGAGGUAUUUAUUAAUAACAAUUUCAUUCGUCCGCAAUUUUACACUGUGCGCAAAAAAAACAAAAAAAAAAAAUUAUUAUUUUACUUUCUUACAUAUUUGCUUUUUUUCUGUAUUUAUAAAAUUUGUCCAAACUGUGCUUGUAAUAUUUUUUAACUUUUAUGUUUUAAUACUUUUUCUACAAUUUUACUUGCUAUUUACGCUUAAGAAAUAUUUUGUUUUUUAAAUUCAAUUGAAGCUACAAACGUGCGAGAGAGAUGAAUAGAUUGCGCAUAAAAGCUAAACCUUAUUUGCUGCACACUAAUAGCUUAGACAGACGGUGGCAUGUUGUUGUAGUGGUUGUAGCAGCAAAAACAUUUCCCAUACAUGAACGGGAAAUUAUACUGGAGCGGCACUCCCGAGUCGUUCCGCUUACGCGAACGUCAGUGGCUUUAAUCGCGAUUAACGACUUAAAUCGGAAUUAUCUCAGUAAUGAAGUGCAACUAAUGCGGACUGUCAAGUAGACUUACUUCUCAAAAUUUAAGCGGAUUAGGGGAAUUUUCGAUGGCAACAUUGCCGAAACGAACGACAACUAAUAUCUGCUGUGAAUGAAAAAUAAUCAAAUAAUUUUAAAACGAAGAACAAGGGAGACUGGUUGCAAUGCUAGUUUGCAUUAAUACUUUCGAAAUCGCAUUAAUUAUUUUGAUAUUUCGGCGCAGUUUGCGAAAUUGCAAUUCAGGAUUUCUUUCUAAAUAAAUAAUUUUUUCUUAGCAUCAGCGCUGCUAGUACCCGUAUUAUCUAUCUAUCUUAUCCAAUAAGCAAAUCAGCUCUUCACUAAUCCGCGCAACAACCGUCUUUCACACUACAAUUUUAAUCAGCAUCAACUGCGCCGGCUGCCGUCGUAGCCGAAUGGUUUGGUGCGUGACUACCAUUCGCCAUGCGGAGUACGUUGGGUCGAAACUCCGUGUAACUCCAAAAUGAAGGAAAACAAUUUUAAUCAGCAUCAACUGCGCCGAUAAACCCGAUUAACGCCUCUGUCGUCUGCCUAUUACAUUGAGUACUCGAACUCAGUUCUCCAUACAAAGUUUUUUUAAGUAUUUACUAGUAUUUUUAGCUGCAUUUCGAACUAAAGUAAAUUGUUUUAAAUUUGAAAUGUCAAAAAAAAAAAACCAACAACAAAAAACAAAUGCUGCAAGCAAUACCGUUGCUUUUAUGCGCCCAGUCCUUUGUGCAACAUUGUUUUUCAUUUUACAACUUGUUUUUAAUUUAUAUUUUAAACUGUAACAUUCUCUUCUAAAUAAAACAAACAGAACUAAUCGUUCAGCCGACCUUUUGUGAUAUUGUACAUACAUACAUACAUACUGUAGGUAAUUAUAGUUGUUUAACUACUUGUCACAAAUAAGUUAAGUCGUUCUAAUAAAAAGAAAAUGUCAAUAAGAUAAAUAAAAAUAUGUAAAUUUAAAAAAAAAUAUGAAAAAAUAUAAAUUAAAAUUAUAAAAAAUAGGAAGCAGUUCUUAAAUUUAAAAUGUAACUUAUUUUCAAAUAGUUUAGUGCGUAAUAAAAUAUCAAUUUUUAAAAUAA